AACAUCUCGCGAUGUUUGGACACUUCCCGGAUCUGCGCUCGUGUCCACAAACACCAAAACCCGCCAAAGUUUGUUUGGAAGAAGUCAGUGAAAAUGGCUGCGAGUGCAAGGCCUUCAAGACGCCGACAGAAAAAGUUAGAAAUGAUAGAAACGACGUAUGAGGAGCUGAGCUCAAAGCCCGCCGUCGAAGAAACUGCGGAGGACGGCGAGGACAGCGACGGACCUGUGGUGUUUAUCUGCGGGAAAUGCAAUCUGGCUGUGGGAGACUCGCUGUCCUGGGAAGGAAGCGAAGAAGACCAAAACCAAAUAAGACUGAAGGUGGUCACUGCCAACGUCGAGGUCGGAAAAGAAAAGCGCAUAUAUGAAGUAAACAAACAACCUCAGUGUCUGGUCGCGGACGUCACCUGUCGAGGCUGUAAGACAGUGCUCGGCAUAGUUUACACGUCCACGCCGAGGAAGCUGGACUACAAGAGAUUCGCAUUCUAUCUGAACGUAGCACAGAUCGACAGCUAUGUGCUUGGCUCUGCAAACCAGAUAACGCCAGUAGAGGCCCCCGAUGAGCAGCCAGUCACAAUGGAGUACAAAGCCAGUGUGGAUCAACAGCUGACAGAGAUGAAAAUACUGCUCUUGUCCAUGGACGACAGGAUGGAACAGAUCGAAGCUGCACAUCAGCUCGUUGGGCCGGAACAUGUGGAUUUAAUGAUCAAGCUCCGGAAGCUACCUCUGCAUUAAUGCUUCCUCCUCAAAGUUUCAUCUCAACCACAUUCCCUCACUACCACGUUUUGUUCUAGCCUCACCUUGUGCAGACACACACACACACACACACACACACACACACCGCUUUGUCCUGAUUACCGAUGGUGAAACAAAGACUGCCCACACUUGUAAUCAAUCAUGUUGUCACCUCGGCUCCUGCGGCUCACAGCACCAUCUUCUUUGUACGUCUCAGUGCAGAGCGAAUGUGCGCUACGAGCAGAAUGUUUAUUUGUGCGGGAUCUCAUCAGGCAAGCCUGCACACUCAGCACAAUGCCAUAUUGAUCGGGGCACUCGAGGCCACACACACACAUACACACACUUGUUCUUUGUUCUCUUUGCUCGAUAUGCUUUUCAUUGCCUCGCCGCGGCCUGCAGUGAACAUUGAAACAAGGAUUUCACCAUGUAAAAUAAACAAGCGUUUGUAAUGUUGUUUGUAUCUCGUCAGGCACAAGAUUUUUUUUUGUUACUUGUUUGACUGUGCCAUCCUGUGUUGUUCAUAGCCUGGUUUGUCAUUAAUAUUUCUGUGCAAUAAAGUAUUGAAAAUUUAAAACAA